AUGGAGCUGCUGAUCCAGCAGUGCGUGGGCGCGCAGCAUGACGGCUCCUCCGCCUCAAGGCCUGUGAGCGCCCGAGAGAACGCGGCGGCCAACGCGACGUUCCUGGACUUGCUGGCGCAGACCUGCGCAGAAGCCAACGCGACGGUGCAGCAGCUGGACGAGGAGGAAGUGGCCGCCGGCCUGGCCAGCGCCGUGGCCGCCACGCAGCAGAGUCUGCGCAGCGUGGGGAACAAUGUCGGCGCGAUCCUGCAGGACCCGGAGCAGAUGCGCGAGUUGUGCUACCACGUGCAGCAGGCGGACGCCAAGAAUGGCGGCGCGUCGACGGCGCUCGUGGUUCCGCCCGACGAGGAGCACGUGCGCAACAUGAUGCUGUUCGCGGAGAACAUGUGCACGACCAUGGACCACGCGCUGAGCACGAUCACGCAGGACGAGCUGAAGCUGGCGGCGCAGCUGUCGCUGAACAUUGCGCAGAGGCUGCUGGACGCGGGGCAGGCGCUGUUCACGUCGCUCGGAGACGAAGAGCGGAGGAAGAUGAAGCGAGCGGCGGUGCUGCGCACAUACGUGGCGGACUUGUAUAACCGGACGCGCGAAGAAGCUGUGGAGCACCCGUUCCUCGCUGGAGCACUCACUGCAGCGGGGUUGCCGUUUAUUGGACUGGCGAUCCCCGUGGCGAGCAUGGUCGCGCUGGCGCUGAUGAUAGAGAAGUACUACCCAGAACACGCGAAGCUGACACUGGAGCUUUGCUCCAACUUCAUCCAGAUGUCCAAGCUGUGGUUUCUGCUGCUGAAGAUCAGUGCGCGCCAGGUCAGCGUUGUGGCGAAGGAAUGCUUUAAGUCGUGGUACGAGUACGCCUCCACGAACGGCUUCAUGGCUACAGGUAUGGAGUUGGCGUCGACAGGAUGCAGUCUCGGCUUCCUCGGCGUCUCCUACCUCUACCAGAUGGGCGUUGGGCUCACCAAGCAAGCUCUUCAGUGA